CCGGCACUCUUUACCUCAGAUUUACAGUGAAGACUGUCAACGCCUCAACCCAGGAGGAGUACAGCUACAAUUUCCGGCUCUGUGACAGCGUGCUCCCCGGAGACCCCACCGCCGCCGUGGUCCAGCUCAACCACAAAGUGAAGAACGACACCAAAGUCAUCGGCCGCAUCAACUCGACCCAGGUCAUCGGUGGCAGUGACUGGAUCCUGCUUCUCUUCGGAGACGGCGACCCGUACAGAACUCACUGCCAGGGGGAGCGGCGGAAGGCAUUGCUGAUGGUUUCCUGCGAGCCCGGCGUGGUCUCGGCCCAGUUCAAGGUGGUCCUCGAACAGCGGGAGAAAGUCUCGGACUGCUUUUACCUUUUCGAGAUGGACAGCAGCCUGGCCUGUCCCAGGACCGUCACGAAACUCAGCACCGGAUCAGUGCUGCUGAUCCUGUUCGUGACCCUCCUCUGCCUCUACCUCCUGGGUGGGUUCCUGUACCAGCGGCUGGUACUGAAGGCAAAGGGCAUCGACCAGUUCCCCAACCACUCCUUCUGGCAGGAGGUGGGCAACUUGACCGCGGACGGCUGCGAUCUUGUGUUCCGCUCCAAGUCGCGCUCCCCGCCCCCCUCGUACCGGGGCGUGGGCUCGCAGCCCCUGGGGGGGGCCGAUGACGAGGAGGAGGACGAGAGGGACGAGCACCUGCUGCCCAUGUGAGGGAACGAGGAGGGGGGACCGCGGCGGUGUCCGUAAGGGGAGAGGGCUUUCGCGCUCUGUAACGCGGACCGGGUCUUUUAAUAAAAGUUGUCCGGCCUCGA